UCUGUGUGCGUGUGUGCGUGUGUGUGUGUGCGCGCGUGUGUGUGCGCGCGCGCACGCGGGCGCGCGAGGGGUCCAGACGGCUCCCCGCCCUCCCCCCGCGGCUCCCCCGCAUCCCUGGCCCUGGGCUCCCUCCUGAGCCCGGGAGGAGCGCGCGGCCGGCGGGGCUGCAGGAGCCCGUGGGUGCGCUGCGGCCGCGCGUCGGUAGCCAGGGCAGCGGCGGCCGGGAGACUGCAGCAUUUUCUCCGCCCGCAUCGAGGUGUGGUUGCGGGCGCGGGCGGCCCCCCGCCCCCCGAGCCGCAGCAGCGCCGCCUCCCGCCGGCCGGCCCCGACCGUCUGCAGGGCUGCCCCCCGCCCGGUGUCCCUGGGCGUGUGCUGCAGGGCUCCGGGGGUCGGGGCGUCGGGGCGUCGGGGUCCCGCACACCUGGCCGUGCCCGCCGAUGCGCAGGUGUGCCCGGCCCGGGGGCCGCGGGGCGCUGCAGAGGCCGUAGCUGGGGGGCCGAGCGGGGGGUUCCGUGGGGGCGCCCACCCCCCCUCCCUCCCUCCCUCCCUCCCCGGGCCGUGCCGGGCUGCGUGCGUGCCGGGGGGAGGGCGCGAGGGGACCCGGCGCCGUUCCGGAGCGUGUGGAUCGCUGCUGGCCACUGGGGUGCUGACCGCGCCAGUCCCGCCGCCGCUGCCACCGGCCGCCCGGCACCAUGGCUCACGCCGCCGCUUCUAUUAAAAAAGUUCGGGAGGCCGAUCUGGAUGAAAAGGAGAAAAACCUGGAGAGGGAGCGAAAAAAACAACGGAAAAUCCCCAGGGAGCGGAUGGAACGGAAAAGAAAGUCUGACAGCAAUGCCAGCUUCCUCCGUGCUGCCCGAGCUGGCAACCUGGACAAAGUGGUGGAGUAUCUGAAGGGAGGCAUCGACAUCAACACCUGCAACCAGAAUGGCCUCAACGCUCUCCACCUGGCGGCCAAGGAGGGCCACGUGGGGCUGGUGCAGGAGCUCCUGGGACGAGGCUCCGCAGUGGAUUCUGCCACCAAGAAAGGAAAUACCGCUCUUCAUAUCGCGUCUUUGGCCGGACAAGCUGAGGUUGUCAAAGUUCUCGUUAAGGAAGGCGCCAACAUUAACGCACAGUCUCAGAAUGGCUUCACUCCUUUAUACAUGGCUGCCCAAGAGAACCACAUUGAUGUUGUCAAAUAUUUAUUGGAAAAUGGAGCUAAUCAGAGCACCGCUACUGAGGAUGGCUUCACGCCCCUCGCCGUGGCCCUCCAGCAAGGACACAACCAGGCGGUGGCCAUCCUGUUGGAGAACGACACCAAGGGGAAGGUGAGGCUGCCGGCUCUGCACAUCGCCGCCCGGAAGGAUGACACCAAGUCGGCCGCGCUCCUGCUCCAGAACGACCACAAUGCAGAUGUGCAGUCCAAGAUGAUGGUGAAUAGGACAACCGAGAGUGGCUUCACCCCUUUGCAUAUCGCCGCCCACUACGGAAACGUGAACGUGGCCACUCUCCUGCUGAACCGGGGCGCGGCGGUGGACUUCACGGCCAGGAAUGGAAUCACUCCUCUGCAUGUGGCUUCCAAAAGGGGCAACACAAACAUGGUGAAGCUCUUACUGGAUCGUGGUGGGCAGAUCGAUGCCAAAACUAGGGACGGGCUGACCCCGCUUCACUGCGCGGCCCGAAGCGGCCACGACCAAGUGGUGGAACUGCUCCUGGAGCGAGGCGCUCCCCUGCUGGCAAGGACGAAGAAUGGGCUGUCGCCGCUUCACAUGGCCGCGCAAGGGGACCACGUGGAGUGUGUGAAGCACCUGCUACAGCACAAGGCGCCCGUGGAUGACGUCACCCUCGACUACCUGACGGCCCUCCACGUGGCUGCCCACUGCGGCCACUACCGCGUGACCAAACUGCUGCUGGAUAAGAGAGCCAAUCCCAACGCCAGAGCCCUGAAUGGUUUUACUCCACUGCACAUUGCCUGCAAGAAAAACCGCAUCAAAGUGAUGGAACUGCUGGUGAAAUAUGGGGCCUCAAUCCAAGCUAUAACCGAGUCUGGCCUCACACCAAUACACGUGGCUGCCUUCAUGGGCCACUUGAACAUUGUCCUCCUUCUGCUGCAGAACGGAGCGUCUCCAGAUGUCACUAACAUUCGUGGAGAGACCGCCCUGCACAUGGCCGCCCGCGCUGGGCAGGUGGAAGUGGUCCGAUGCCUCCUGAGAAACGGUGCCCUUGUGGAUGCCAGAGCCAGGGAGGAACAAACGCCUUUGCAUAUCGCCUCGCGCCUGGGCAAGACGGAGAUCGUGCAGCUGCUCCUCCAGCACAUGGCGCACCCCGACGCAGCCACGACCAACGGCUACACGCCCCUGCACAUCUCCGCCCGGGAAGGCCAGGUGGACGUGGCCUCCGUGCUCCUGGAGGCCGGCGCGGCUCACUCCUUGGCCACCAAGAAGGGCUUCACACCCCUGCACGUGGCGGCCAAGUACGGAAGCCUGGACGUGGCCAAACUUCUCCUGCAGCGCCGCGCCGCCGCCGACUCCGCGGGCAAGAACGGCCUCACCCCGCUCCACGUUGCCGCGCACUAUGACAACCAGAAGGUGGCGCUGCUGCUCCUGGAGAAGGGCGCCUCGCCCCACGCCACUGCCAAGAACGGCUACACGCCCUUACACAUCGCUGCCAAGAAGAACCAGAUGCAGAUUGCGUCCACGCUCCUGAACUACGGCGCCGAGACCAACAUCGUGACCAAGCAGGGGGUCACCCCGCUGCACCUGGCCGCCCAGGAGGGCCACUCGGACAUGGUCACCUUGCUUCUGGACAAGGGGGCCAACGCCCACCUGGCCACCAAGAGUGGCCUCACCCCGCUCCACCUUGCAGCCCAGGAAGACAAAGUGAACGUCGCCGACAUCCUCACCAAGCACGGGGCCGACCAGGACGCACACACGAAGCUUGGUUACACUCCUUUAAUCGUGGCCUGUCACUAUGGAAAUGUGAAAAUGGUCAACUUUCUUCUGAAGCAGGGCGCAAAUGUGAAUGCGAAAACCAAGAACGGCUACACCCCUCUGCACCAGGCGGCCCAGCAGGGACACACGCACAUCAUCAACGUCCUGCUGCAGCACGGCGCCAAGCCCAACGCCACCACCGCGAAUGGGAACACGGCCCUGGCCAUCGCCAAGCGCCUGGGCUACAUCUCCGUGGUGGACACGCUGAAGGUGGUGACGGAGGAGGUGACCACGACCACCACGACGAUCACGGAGAAACACAAGCUGAAUGUCCCAGAGACCAUGACGGAGGUGCUGGACGUGUCUGACGAGGAGGGGGAUGACACCAUGACAGGUGACUGCGGGGAGUACCUGCGGCCCGAGGACCUCAAGGAGCUGGGGGACGACUCCCUGCCUAGCAGCCAGUUUCUGGACGGCAUGAACUACCUGCGCUACAGCCUGGAGGGAGGUCGCUCCGACAGCCUCCGCUCCUUCAGUUCCGACAGGUCCCACACCCUGAGUCACGCCUCCCACCUGCGCGACAGCGCCGUGAUCGACGAGACCGUCGUGGUCCCCAGCCACCAGGUGUCAAAUCUGGCCAAGGAGGCAGAAAGGAAUUCUUACCGCCUGAGCUGGGGCACCGAGAACCUGGACAAUGUGGCCCUCUCAUCCAGCCCCGUGCACUCGGGCCGCGCCUCUCCGUGCCUUGACCGCGACCACAGCAGCUUCCUGGUUAGUUUCAUGGUGGACGCGCGGGGCGGCGCCAUGCGGGGGUGCAGGCAUAACGGGCUCCGCAUCAUCAUCCCCCCGCGGAAGUGCACCGCCCCCACACGGGUCACCUGCCGGCUGGUCAAGCGUCACCGCCUGGCGACCAUGCCCCCCAUGGUGGAAGGAGAAGGCCUGGCCAGUCGCCUGAUCGAAGUCGGACCCUCCGGGGCUCAGUUCCUUGGUAAACUUCACCUGCCAACGGCUCCCCCCCCACUUAAUGAGGGAGAAAGUUUGGUCAGCCGCAUCCUUCAGCUGGGGCCUCCUGGAACCAAAUUCCUUGGGCCCGUGAUCGUGGAGAUCCCGCACUUCGCGGCCCUGCGGGGGAAGGAGCGGGAGCUCGUGGUCCUGCGCAGCGAGAACGGGGACAGCUGGAAGGAGCACUACUGCGACUACACGGAGGACGAGCUCAACGAGAUCCUCAACGGCAUGGACGAAGUGCUGGACAGCCCCGAGGACCUGGAGAAGAAGCGCAUCUGCCGCAUCAUCACGCGCGACUUCCCGCAGUACUUCGCGGUGGUGUCGCGCAUCAAGCAGGACAGCAACCUGAUCGGGCCCGAGGGCGGCGUGCUGAGCAGCACGGUGGUGCCGCAGGUGCAGGCCGUCUUCCCCGAGGGCGCCCUGACCAAGCGCAUCCGGGUGGGCCUCCAGGCCCAGCCGAUGCACGCGGAGCUGGUCAAGAAGAUCCUCGGCAACAAAGCGACCUUCAGCCCCAUUGUCACCUUGGAACCGAGAAGGAGGAAGUUCCACAAGCCAAUCACCAUGACCAUUCCUGUCCCCAAAGCCUCCAGCGACGUCAUGUUGAACGGCUUCGGGGGAGAUGCGCCAACCCUGAGAUUACUGUGCAGCAUAACAGGUGGAACCACGCCUGCCCAGUGGGAAGAUAUUACAGGAACUACGCCACUGACGUUUGUCAAUGAAUGUGUUUCCUUUACCACCAACGUGUCGGCCAGGUUCUGGCUGAUAGAUUGUCGACAGAUCCAGGAGUCUGUUACCUUCGCGUCCCAAGUGUAUAGGGAAAUUAUCUGUGUCCCGUACAUGGCCAAAUUCGUCGUGUUUGCCAAAUCGCAUGACCCCAUUGAAGCCAGAUUGAGGUGUUUCUGCAUGACCGAUGACAAGGUGGAUAAGACUCUGGAACAGCAGGAGAACUUUGCCGAGGUGGCCAGGAGCAGGGAUGUGGAGGUGUUAGAAGGAAAACCCAUCUACGUGGAUUGCUUUGGCAACCUGGUCCCCUUAAUCAAGAGUGGGCAACAUCACAUAUUCAGUUUUUUUGCCUUCAAAGAAAACAGACUUCCUCUCUUCGUUAAGGUUCGUGACUCGACUCAGGAGCCGUGCGGCCGGCUGUCGUUCAUGAAGGAGCCCAAGUGCACGAGGGGCCUGGUGCACCAGGCUAUCUGCAACUUGAACAUCACGCUGCCCGUGUACGCAAAGGAGUCAGACUCAGACCAAGAACAGGAAGAAGAGAUCCAUAUGACAUCAGAAAAAAACGAUGAGACAGAAUCUACUGAGACAUCUGUCCUGAAAAGCCACCUGGUCAAUGAAGUUCCCGUGCUAGCGAGCCCGGACUUGCUCUCUGACGUGUCCGAGAUGAAGCAGGACCUGAUCAAGAUGACGGCCCUCUUGACCACAGACGUGGCGGACAGGAGCGGCUCCCUCCGAGUGAAGGAGCUGGCCAAGGCCGCCGAGGAAGAACCGGGGGAGCCUUUUGAGAUUGUGGAGAGGGUGAAGGAGGACUUAGAGAAAGUGAACGAGAUCCUGAGGAGCGGCACGUGUGUGCGGGAGGCGGGCAGUGGCGGCGGGCCCCGGGAGGAGGGCGAGCUAGGCGGGGAGUGGGUGUGGGUGAGCGAUGAGGAGGUCGAGGAAGCGAGGCAGAAGGCCCCGGCCGAGGUCCCCGAGCCCCCGUGCGUAGAGGUCAGGCUAGAGAAGGGCAGCAGGGGCGGCAAGGGGAGAGCGGAGAGAGACUCGACGGGGCUCGUCAACUACCUGGCCCAAGACCUGAACUCCUACGGGGCCCCGCCCAAGGCCAGGCGAGAGGCGGCCGUGGGGGACAAGAAGGGGGACAAGGGGGCUCCGGCCAGCGUGGGGGCCAAGGCCUCGGAGAAGGAAGGGAAAACGUCCACCCCGGACGAGCCGCCCAAGGCCCAGAAGUCGCCGAAGCCCAGCCCGGGCAUCAAGAAGCCGGUGCGGAGGAAACUGAAAGAGAAGCCGAAGGCCAAGGAGGACGGUGCCAGCGCGGCUGCCCCCAAGGCCGAGCCCAGGAAAGGCAGCUCGGAAGAGUCGGGCGAGGAGGAGCCGGGGCUGGCGCCCCCCGAGCCCCUCCCCUCCGCCAAGGCCACAUCGCCCCUGGUGGAGGAGACCCCCAUUGGCUCCAUCAAGGACAAAGUCAGGGCCCUGCAGAAGCGCGUGGAGGACGAGCAGAAAGGACACGGCAGCAGACUGCCCGUCAGGGUCAAAGGCAAGGAGGAGGCGCCCAGGAAGGCGGCCCCCCGCACCGCCGGGCUCAGCUCCCCCGCCCCGAGGGCCUCGUCGACCCCCAAGGCAGAGAGACACGCCGCACUGUCCUCGGCCAAAGCCGAGAGGCAUUCGCCGUCGCUGACCAGCAAGGUGGACAAGCAGCCCCCCGUGUCCCCGUCAGCCAAGACGGACAGACACUCCCCCGUGUCCUCAGCCAAGACGGACAAACAGUCCCCAGUUUCCCCCUCGGCCAAGAUGGACAAACAGUCCCCAGUUUCCCCCUCGGCCAAGACGGACAAACAGUCCCCCGUGUCCCCGUCAGCCAAGACGGAAAGACACUCCCCUGUGUCCCCCUCGGCUAAGACGGACAGACAGUCUCCCGUGUCCUCCGCCAAGACGGACAAACAGUCCCCCGUGUCCUCCGCCAAGACGGACAGACAUUCUCCUGUGUCUUCCUCCACCAAGACAGAGCGACACCCGCCGGGGUCCCCUCCGGGCAAGCCAGACAAACGCACCCCCCUGUCGCCCUCCUCCCGGACCACCGAGAAGAACCCGCCCGCGGCGGCGCCCGGCAGGACGGAGAAGCGCCUGCCCAUCCCCGCCUCGGCGCGGCCGGAGAAGCCGGCGCCCACCCCCGCGCCCGCGGGGAAGGGCCAGAAGCACCUGCCCGUGUCCCCCUCCGGGCGGGCCGACAAGCACCCGCCCGUGUCGCCCACGUCCAGGACGGAGCGCAUCGAGGAGACCAUGUCGGUGCGGGAGCUGAUGCGGGCCUUCCAGUCGGGGCAGGACCCGUCCAAGCACAAGACCGGACUCUUUGAGCACAAAGCGGCCAAGCAGAAGCCGCCCCAGGACCGGGGCAAGGCGCGGGGCGAGAAGGACAAGGCGCCCUCGCCGCCGCUGCCCGCCCCGAAGAGCGAGAGCCCCGCCGCCAGGCGCGGCCAGAGACUCGCGGGCAACGGGGCCUCGGAAGCCAAGCGCGGGGCCCGGGCUGCCCCCCUGGGGGUGAAGAGAGAAGAGGCGGGGGCCGAGAAGGACAAGACGCUCAGGGGCCGCCAGGUGCCCGCGCCCGGCCAGGCCAUCGCCGUCGCCGAGGGGGAGGGGCCGCAGGAGGGCGCGGGGCGCCCGGGGAAGCCAGCCGAGGAGGAGCCGGACCUGCAGAUCAGCCCGGACAGGAAGGCGUCCACCGACUUCUCCGAGGUCAUCAGGCAGGAGCUGGAGAACAACGACAAGUACCAGCAGUUCCGCCUGCGCGAGGAGCCCGAGAAGGCGCAGCUGCUCCUGGACCAGGUGCUCACCAGCCCCUUCGACGGCACGUUCCCGCUGGAGGACGGGCGGGAGGACUUCCUGCCCGCGCUGUCCCUGCAGAGCCGCGCCCUGGAGGGCAGCUGCGAGAGCCUGCGGCGGGCGGUGGGCGCUACGUCCCCCUGCGGCAGCCUCAUGGAGGGGACCCCGCCCCAGGCCAGCUCGGAGGAGAGCUUUAAGCACGAAGGCCUCGCUGAGACCCCCGAGACCAGCCCCGAGAGCCUUUCCUUCUCGCCCAAGAGGAGCGAUGAGGAGCCGAGCAGAGAGACGGACGCGGCGGGUGAGUCGGAGUCAGCCCCGGAGACCCAACCAGGGACAGAGGCCCCCUCGGCCCGGGACGGCCCCCCGGGCUCGGAGCCAGGUGCUGGGGUCUCUGCAGACACAGAGCUGCCUUCUGCCCAAGGGGCGGGCCCGGAGCCCCCUUCCCAAGACCUGUGCUCCCCGCCGGGCAGCCAUUGCCUCGCCGGCCAGGGGGCACCCUUAGCGGGAGAAACCCCCCAAGUCACGAACGACGGGGCGUCCUGGGACCAGCGUCCACUCACGCCUCUGGGCGCAGCUCCCGACAUCCAGGCUGACGCCCCCACUCAGGAACCCCCCAGCGCCGAGCCCUCAGGCGAGACCCAGCCCUCCCCGGCACCAGCGGGGGACCCCGAGACACCAGAGCCGGACACGGGGGCCAAGCCCACGGGGCCCGUCCGCAGUCCCCAAGGCUUGGAACUGGCACUGCCCAGCCGCGACACUGAGGUGCUCAGCCCCGGGGCCGACGAAUCCUUCACCGUGAGCCAUAAGGACUCCCUGGAAGCCAGCCCCGUGCUGGAAGACAAUUCCUCGCACAAGACGCCCGACUCCCUGGAGCCGAGUCCCCUGAGAGAGUCGCCGUGCCGAGACUCCCUGGAGAGCAGCCCCGUGGAGCCCAGGACGAAGGGCUGCCCGCUCCCCAGCCACUUCCUGCCGCCCGCCGCCCCCCCAGCCAGCGCCCCCAGCAGAGCCGCCGAGCUCCUGUCCGAAGUGGCAUCCGUGCGGUCGCGGCUGCUCCGGGAUGCUGACGGCAGCGCCGAGGACGACAGCCUGGAGCAGACGUCGCUGGUGGAGAGCUCGGGGAAGAGCCCCCUGUCCCCCGACACGCCCAGCUCCGAGGAGGUCAGCUACGAGGUCACGCCCAAGGCCACGGCGGAGCCCGGCGCCCCCAAACCAGCCGCCAUCCCUGAGUGCACGGAGGAGGAGGACCCCGAGAACGGGGACAAGAAGCGGGUGACGCCCGAGGAGGAGAUGUUCAAGAUGGUCACCAAGGUCAAGACGUUCGAGGAGCUGGAGCAGGAGGCGAAGCAGAGGAGGGACGGCGGGAGGGAGCCCCGGGCCGAGGAGGCCGAGACGGACUGUGCCGGGGACGCGGGUGAGCACGGGCCCGCGCUGGAGGUGAUCGCGCCGGCAGAGGAGGAGGCUGAGGGCAGGAAGACGUCCUCCUCCUCCGCAGAGAGUGAGCCCGAGCUGGGCCGGCUGCCCCGCGGGCCCGACCUCCUGCCGGAGCCCGUGAUCCGGGUGCAGCCCCCGUCCCCGCUCCCCUCCAGCCUGGACUCCAGUUCCAGCCCCGAAGAAGUGCAGUGCCAGCCGGUCGUCCCCAAGCAGUACACCUUCAAGCUGAGCCCCGACGACGACGACGAUGACACGCAGGAAGAAGCAGGAGAGGGCCGAGACGCUGACUCCCACGACCCCUCCGACGCCCCCCGGGAGGGCCCCGACAGCCCGGAGGCCAGGGCUGAGGCGCCCAGCGAAGAGGCCGACACCAGCACGGCCAGCAUCUGCCACGGCCACGGGUGCGAGGCCGAGAGGCCCGGGCCCCUCGUGGGGCCUGUGUCCACAGACGUCCAAGGUCCCGCUGGGGACGCUGCCCGUCAGGAGUCACCCUUGAGUGUGCAGGACCCGGCUGACCAAGGCAGCGACGGGGCAGAGCCCGAUGCUCCCGGAGUGGUGCUCUCACCGGGAGGCUGCCCUGGGGACGUCUCCGCUUGUCCCUCUGGGUCCCAUUGCCCUGCCCCCGGGGAGGAGGACGAACACGCAUCCUCGGUGCCUUCAGAAACGGAGAGGACGGAAACGGACCAGACGCGGGCAAGUUCCCCGCAGGACGGCCCCGUGCCAGAGCCAUGGGCGCCCGCCCCGACGGAAGAGCGCGUGUCCUUGGGGGCCGGCCCGGCAGACGCCGAGGAAGGCGCUGAGCCCCCCAUCACGAGUCCCUAUGAGAACGUUCCUGACCCGUCUUUUUUCUCCGGCGGUGAAAGCCAAGCCCGGGCCAAAGACACCAGCCACGCCAGCCUCCACUCUUCUUCCCAGGUGCAAUCCGGGGCCGUCUCGGCAUCCCUGGAAGAAGCGGUCAGCACCGACUCCUCUGGGCUGGCGGUGUUGAGCUGCGACUCGCCCUCCGAGGCCCCGGAUCCGGCCGGCGCUCCCGAACCAGCCGACGCGCCGUGGGAGACGACGGACGGGGACCCCGAAGCCGCCGCCGUCUCGGCGCCCUCGACGGCGCUGGGGGCGGCCGUGAGCCACGUCAUCAUCACCCAGACGGACGUGGACUCCGACUCCUGGAGCGCCAUCCGCGAGGACGACGAGGCCUUCGAGGCGCGCGUGAAGGAGGAGGAGCAGAAGAUCUUCGGCUUGAUGGUGGACCGCCGGUCCCAGGGCACCACCCCCGACACCACGCCCGCCAGGACCCCCACGGAGGAGGGCACCCCAACCAGCGAGCAGAACCCGUUCCUCUUCCAGGAGGGCAAGCUCUUCGAGAUGACGCGCAGCGGCGCCAUCGACAUGACCAAGCGUUCCUACGCCGACGAGAGCUUCCACUUCUUCCAGAUCGGGCAGGAGCCGCUCCCUGAGGAGGCCGAGAGAGAGGGGGCCGCGGGGGCGGCGACGGCGGAAUCCCCGGGGCCGUUGGGGGCCUCGGAGGGGGACCCCGCGCUUUCGGAGUCCAAAGAAGAAGCGGUGGAUGAUGAGGCGGACUUGAUCCCGGAUGACGUCAGCGAGGAAGGGGAGGAGCCGCCCGCGUCCCAGGGCGUCUCUGCGUCCCUGGAAACUGUCGCCAGAGAGGCCAAGGACGCACCCGCCGUGGGAAUGGGGGAGGCACCUCUUCCGAGCGGCGAGACGCACGGCCCCGGGUCCGAUUCCCCAGAACCCGGGGCCCAGGACGAGCAGCCGAGGUUUGCCACUGUCUCAAGGCCCGUGUGUUUGGAUCGGGACGAGGACUCUCCCGACACGUCCCCAGAGGAGCAGAAAUCUGUCAUCGAAAUCCCCACCGCACCCAUGGAACACGUGCCUUGUGCCGAGGACAGGCCCCCAGCCCCGCUCAGGACUCCCCCCGGCGCUGCCCCUGCCCCUCCGCCUCCGGGGUCCCAGCCUUGGCCUGCGGAAGAUUCACCCCCCGGCCCGGCUGAGGACGAGAGGAACGGCGAGGAGGAAACAAAACCAAAGUCUAAAAUCCCGGUCAAAGUCCCCGCCCAGAGAACAGAACCACAGCCGCCGCCGGCGCAUCUAGAAUCUUCUCUCCAGCAGAGCGGGGUUGCUCAGGGACAGGCCUGGGGGAGCCAGUCAGAACCCGGUGCCGGGCCUCUGGACGCCCAGACCCAGAGCCCGGCCCACGCCAACAGUGACCCCCAGACAGACAGGCAGAGCCAGGAGGGGGCCGGGGAGCUCGAGGUAGAAGCAGAGGAAAGGGCCGCCAGACCAAAGAUCUUUGCAUCCCGCUUGCCGGUGAAGAGCAAAGGCCCCUGCCCCGCCCCCAGCCAGGGGGCCACCAGCCCCGCGCACGAGAGCAAGGAGCAUUUCUUUGACCUUUACCGAAACUCCAUAGAGUUCUUCGAGGAGAUUAGCGACGAGGCGUCCAAGUUAGUGGAUAGACUGACCCAGUCCGAGAGGGAGCAGGAGUUAGUUUCCGAUGACGAGAGUAGCAGUGCCCUGGAAGUGUCCGUAAUCGAAAACCUGCCACCCGUUGACACCGAGCCCUCGGUCCCCGAGGACAUCUUUGACACGAGGCCCAUUUGGGAUGAGUCCAUCGAGACUCUGAUUGAACGCAUCCCUGAUGACAAUGGCCAUGACCGUGCUGAAGAUCAGCAGGAUGAACAGGAACGGAUCGAGGAAAGACUCGCUUACAUUGCGGAUCACCUGGGCUUCAGCUGGACAGAAUUGGCACGAGAACUGGACUUCACCGAGGAGCAAAUCCACCAGAUUCGAAUUGAGAACCCGAACUCCCUGCAAGACCAGAGCCACGCACUGCUGAAGUACUGGCUGGAAAGGGACGGGAAGCACGCCACAGAUACGAAUCUCAUUGAGUGUCUCACCAAGAUCAACCGGAUGGACAUUGUUCACCUCAUGGAGACCAACACAGAGUCCUUGGGGGAGCGUGUCCGCCACAGCUAUGCCGAAAUCGAGAAGACCAUCGCCCUGGAUCAUAGUGAAGGCUUCUCGGUCCUUCCCGAGGAAGCGCAGCGCAAGCAGAAGGCGCGGCCCGCGGCCUCGAAGGAGAGCGAGGCCUCCGAUCAGCCCCCCGUGGUUUCCGAGGAGGACAUCUCCGUCGGCUACUCCACGUUUCAGGACUGCGUCCCCAAGCCCGACGGCCCCGCUGUGGAGCUCCCUCUCAAGGACCACGGGCCGCAGGACUUCUCAGGGAAAACGCCAGACCCGCUGCAGGCGUCGCCCGUCGAACCUCAGCAGGAAUACUUUGUGACCUCCCCGGGGACUGAAGGGUCCGAGACGCCCAAGGCCCCGGCAGAGCCCGGCUCUCCCCACAAGACCCCCGAGGAGAUCACCAGCCCCGACAUCGCACGGGAGAGGCUGGACCUCCAGGCGCCGGCCUCCGGGGAGCAGGUGGACGCACCCAUCGUGCAGGAGCCCGAGGAGCCCCCCGAGCCCAAGGGAGACAGUUCCCCGAGGAAGACCAGCCUCGUCAUCAUGGAGUCCCCUGACGAGCAGCCCCGGCCCUGCGAGAGGCCGGACGGAGACGUGGCAUUCGAGAAGGAGCUCCUCCGGGAGUUAGGGGAGCUGGAGGUGAGCUCGGAUGAGGAGGCGAUGGUCACCACCAGGGUGGUCCGCCGGCGCGUGAUCAUCCAGGGCGACGACAUGCCGGACAUCCCCCCGGAGUCCGUGACGGAGGAGGAGUACACGGAUGAGCAGGGCCACCGGGUGGUGAAGAAGGUCACCAGGAAGAUCAUUAAGCGGUUUGUCUCUCCCGACGGCACCGAGAUGGAGGAGAUCACCAUGCAGGGGACGCCCCAGGAGCCGGUGCACAUCGAGGACGGGGACGGAUACUCCAAGGUCAUCAAGCGGGUGGUAUUGAAGAGUGACACCCAGCAGUCAGAGGUAACUCUGUGUGAGCCCAGCCUUUUGUCGAGCGACUCCCACUUUCAGGCCGAGCCCGUGGAAGGCCGCAGAGUCAGCAAGGUGGUGAAAACCACGCUGGUCCAUGGAGAGAGGAUGGAGAAGCAUCUGGGGGAUGCUAGCUUAGCCACUGACCUUCCUUCCGCCAAAGAUGACUUUGAAGAGGCUCUGAGUUACACAGGCAGCCAGCUGAAAGUGCACUUCCCCAGCUUAGUAGAGAAGGAAGUCCUGAGAGAGGACGGAUCAGUCAUUAAAAGGACCACCAUGAGUAAGGCCAGCACCCAGAAGAGGGCCGUGGUGAAGGACCAGCACGGCCAGCGCGUUUUCCUGGAGCACCUGGAGGAUGUCCCCGAAGCCCUGGCCCAGGACGACCUCCAGCGCGACCUCCAGCGACUCCUCCGGCACUUCGGUCCCGAGGACCCGGAGCCCGGGGCCCACUGAGGGGGCUGCCCCGCUCUCCCCCCACCCGGAAACCACGUUCACUCGAUAUGCAACUGCCCCUUCCUUCCUCCCAGGAGCCCCCGCCAGGCCGGCCCUCACCCACCGGGUACCCACCAGCGCCCCGCGAGCCAACACCCCGCACUGGGUUUCAGUCCUCCCGCCCCUCCCCCCUCUGCUCCCGCCCGGUCCUUUUUAACUGUAAGCUAAUUUGUGACCAAAGAGAGCAUCCUUCACGCCGGGUGCCCGUCGUCCCCACGAUUCUGUCGUCUGUGCUGACCUGGGAACCUCUGCAGCCCCUCCCCGGCUCCCCUGCCUGGUUGUUCUCGGCUUCUGAUCCGCGCCGGCCUCGUCCUCCCAGAAAGCCAGUGACGGGAAGAAGAGUCCUCGCGGGGCCUCUCGGAGGAACGACCCCCGCAGGGCGCUCCGUGGACCGUUGUAUAUAAGGAAAACGCUCAGACGAACUCCCCCCCUCCCCAAACACACACACACACACCCUCUUCCCGGUUGGAGUCUGAACCACUGCCAACCCUCCUGGCGCGGGGCCUUCCCCCUUCCCCCCCGGGCCGGCCGGCCUCUGGAGAUGGCCCCGGGACGGUUCUCGAACGUUCUUGCUAACACAAUCGCACGCGAAUCCGGGUCUGCUGCAGGGGCAGCGCUUCAGACCUACCAAGUCCUUGGAACUUGGAGAGCAGCCGGUGCUCCUGGCUCCUGCCGGCCUGGCCCCCGCCCCCUCCCGCUGGUGCUGGCCCGUCGGACUCCUCGCUCCCCCACAGACCGUCUGUGGACAGCGGAAGGGAGAGGGGGCCCCGGGGAGGGAGGAAGGAGGCAGCGAGACGCUCAGUGGCCGCCGGCUGCCUCCCGGGGCGUCGGGGCACCGUCGUCAGGGCUGGCCGGCGGGCCUCGUUGGCAGGGUAUUUUACGAAGCUAUAACUACUGUAGUUCCCCACUUCUCAUUGCUGCUUUAGCAAACCACGCUGUCUUAUUGGUGGUACGUUCCUCUGGCCACUGCACUGUAGAUACUUCAUCGAGAACAAGGUGGACCCUCCCCGCCCCCUCCCGCCUCACGAGGUUCCUUCCCCCCGACGGGGUGGGAUUUUUCUUCUUUCAUUUCGGUUCUCCUUCUGGUUGACAUCUUCCUGAGUCCCUGCAUGGAGCAUUGAAAAACCGCCGUCAGACCCUCUUUGGAGCCUACGAACAGCGUUCCUUUCUUCCUCUUUCUUUUUUUUUUCCUUUUCCCUCUUUUAAACCCCGAAGCAAGCACUUUUUCACUUUUUCGACGAGGUCUGUGUUUUUAGCUGACAGGCCAGGUUGAGAAAAAUCCUCUCACAGUUGGGUUUGGGUUAAAAUUUUUUGAGUUUUAUUUAUUUGAAACCCAUGCCCCCCUUUGGAAACCGUGCAUUUGUACACCGCCCCUCCCCCCACCCCGCCCCCCGGCAGACUCCCCCCCAAACAGGGGCUUGCCUUCACCCGAGGGAUGUCCACGUCCCCUCGCCUCCCUCAAGUGUCAAAGCUGUGUAGCAUUUUAACAUAUAUAUAUAUUCACAAAUAUAUUCAUAUAAACAGUAUACGUUUUGAAUCAGUUAUUUGUUAUAGAAAAGUAUAUUCAACAAAGAUGAAAUUAAAAAGAAACACACGCGCACACAACACACACACACACACGCACGCACGCACAUGCACACGUACACACACACACACAGUAAAAAAAACCAGAGCAGCACCGGCAGCAAAUUCUCUCUCCCCACCAGAAGUGGAACUGAGCAAGGCCAGUUCCACCUGGGCCUCCCGGCCGUGCAGACAUGAGCUCGCUCCCCUCGGGGACCGCCAAGGCAGCAGACAGUGCUCCGUCACGCGGAGGAAUGUUGCUGAGAGGGACGCAGGUCCUGGGCUGGCUGUGUCCCACCAGCCGAGUCUCGGGGCCCGGGAAUUGAGCGUUCCCCAGCAGCCGAACAGGAGAGUGGCUGAUGGAGAAACUUGGAGACGCAUCACGGCCUCCCCGUCCCCCCCUCCCCAGGGCUCAAGAGAAGCCUCUCCGUUGUGUUACUUGCAGUGCACAUGACGUCUGUGUAACCGCCCUAAGGGUUAUUCACCUCUUUUUUCUUUUUUUUUUUUUGGAGUUUUGUUUUAUCUUCUCGAUUUCGAUUUUUCGAUUUUUUUUUUUUUUGCUGUGUAAUCAGAACAACUUGAAUCCUGUGAGAAGAAGUGAAUUUUCAGUUGAUGAAUCAGCAUCUUGUUCCCAUGGUGAUGACACUAAUUGAAUAUAUCUAUGAGGGCAUGUAUUAGUUAAUGGAAAAAAAAAUACAACACUAACAAUACAUAGCUGCAAUGUGUACAAUGGCUGAUUUAAUUCAAUAAAAUGUACAAGUGUUCAAUGUG